AAAAAAUAGUCCACCGACGAUAUUACCAAAAACCAAAUCUUUCUCUGGAGCUGCGAGCGCACGUCCAUCGCCACCUGGUCAUGACGUCGCCGCAUUCGACCAGUAGUCUAUGUGUGACCACCGCGGCGUCGUACCCCCAACCGAGAUGGGUCGAGCGAGGAGCAUCCUUUCUCCGCCGCAUCAAUCUCGAGCGUGUCGCGGAAGAUCCUCGCGUGAAACUGCUCAUCACGGGCCAACAUCCCACAGAAUCCGGUCUCCUCUCUCCACACUCGCUCCAUCCUCUUAACGACGAACUGCAGCAGCCGGCGAUGCCAAGUCCGUCGCCGCCACGGCAUGGCGUCGGGGGUCCCACUUCGUGGCCACGUUCGCUGAAGGAAUCGAUUCAGAACACGUUCUUCAACAAGAACCACGAGGAGCCGCUGCUUCAUCUGUCGCCGCGGAUGGCCGUGCUCGGGCCGCACUUUAUGCACACGAUACUCAAGCUAUUCGCGGCGAAGACGUCGUCCACCACAUGGAGCGACGCCCAGCAAGCCAUGGCCACGUUGGACACUGCGAUUGCCGCUCGGUUCGCGGACAAGGCAUGUGUCCUCGACUGCGGGCUCUUCGACGCGAUCCAGAAGACGCACCAGAAGCCACUCGUCCAAGACACCUUUGCCGGCGGUAGAGUGACGUCGUUACCAUUCAAGCGCGGCGCGGUGCCGUCGAUGCACGCCAUGUUCGUCGCCACCUCCACCGUGUCGGCGUGGCUGGCCCUACACGAAUCGCAUGUAGUGAUCAUCCUCGCGCCCAAUCUCGAGCAAAUGAGUCUGUACCUCGCGUGCGCGGCGCUCUACCGCGCGCCGUUCUCGUCCGACUUGAUGCCGUACGGGGAGCGCAUCUUGCAAUGGCUGGCAGAAAACGUGGACGCGUCAGAAUCGCUGGCCGCCCGCCUCUCCAAGACAUUUGCCGACUCGGAGACGAGGAAUACGACCUACAUUCCCGGCCUUCCCCGACCGCAAGUGCGAUUUCUGCAGGACUUUGCGGCUUUGCUUAUACUUCGGGACAAGCAACUCAUGGCGUCGAUGCUCACCCCCGACACCCCGCCGUCGAACACCACUCGUCCGACGCUGAGUGGCGCCGCGGUCCUCCCGGCGCUGCACCCGCUGUACAUUCACAAGUUGGUGCUGCUCCCGUCUCCGAAUGCGAAUAACCGGUACUUACCUGACAAUUGCUACCGUCCAUAUUUUGUACUGCAAGACGAGCAGGGGCAUGUGCUGUAUUCGAGCAUGGUGCUGGGGAUUCGGAGUAUUUUGACUGUGGAUGGACCGCACGCGUUCAAGGUGGGCCGACAAGUGCACACGGGCGACCUCCAUUUGCACAUGUACCACGUGCCCGUCAACAGUCGCGGUCAGAUUGUGCUGGAAAGUCGACUCAACUGCAGUUUGCUGUUUGAACAUUUGCGAAUGGACGACCGUGGCGAGAUUACGCUGCGCAUGAAAGACGGCGAUUUCGACUGCGUGUCGACCUUGUACACCCCCCACGUCGACUUUGCCCUUCAGGUCGUGUACGGGAUCAACGCAGAGGCGUUUGCAGCGGAAGACGAGGCCGACGCCGCCGCCGCCCUCGCCGACGCGCCGACGCGCGCAGGUCGGGCACCGAGCAACCCCAACCUCGUGCUGGCGAUUCCCCGAGCCAACCUGCGGGUACCUUGCGGUUCUUUCCUUGGUCUAAUAUUGUCUUUCUUUAACCCAAAGUUUGAACGUUUGCCAAAUCUGUCGACCGAUACUUGUAUGUGUCACAGGAAUGGCCAAGUAUCACACUAAUUCAAGUCACACACUAAUUUGUGGUUGAUUUGGUCGAAGAGUAGGAUCAUUUGAUUCGUGUGUUGUGAUUGGUCUAUUGUAUCUGCCGAUUCGAUACAAUACAUCAUAUGUAGCGGCAACUGGUGCCAGAGGAAGCCAUGAUUGUGUCGAGCGUCACCGUGGCGGACGCCAUUGUGUACUCGAGCGUGGGCGAUGUGCACUUGAAGCAGGUGGACGUGUGCCAGCGGUCGGGGGUGGUGUACCUGCAGUUCCACGUCCAGUGCGGCGACGGCCAGCUGCGCGUGCUCACUACCAACCAGCUGUUUGGGUAUAGCCUGCCGGCGGCGGUGCUGACCACGCUGACCGAAGUGGGCGCGCUCGAGCUCGUGGCGCAGAUGCCGCAGUUCGAUCCGUCGAAUUCAGCCGAUUCGUUUGACGAGCAGUACGGUCUGUGGCUGCAGCGGCAGUUUGACGACGACAUUUCACGCCUGUCGACGCAGAUUCGGAUUGGGACGACCCCCACCGACAUUGAAAACCUCGUCGCACAGCACGGGGAAUUAGGUCUGGUGAUGCUAGCCAACCAACUGCAACAAGCCGAGCUCAACAACACGUACGAAAAAGCCUUAUAUUUUUAUAUUCCAUAUCCUUCGUAAUAUUAUUAUUAUUACUUUAUACCUGCUAUAUAAUGAUGAAGAUAUUUAUUAUUCUGUCUGGGAAACCAAAUGUGGAUGUAUGCGAAUGGAUAUUGAAUAGGAAUUAUGUUGUGCUGACAAAUGAUUACUAGGCGAGGCGCGUCCAUGCGGUUGAUUGCGCAGCUGCCGACGCGGGUGUUUGAAGCGACGGCCGCGGACGGGUGCGAGUGCCUGGUGUGUCGAUACAAUUUCUCCCCCGGCGACGAGAUCCGGACGCUGCCGUGCUUCCACUCAUAUCACUCCAACUGCAUCGACCCCUGGCUGCGCAUCAACAAGGUGUGCCCCGUGUGCCAAGUCUCGAUCGAGCUGCAUUUAGAUUAACAAGUAAAUAAUAUACAUAUAUAUAUAAUUGAAA